AUGUCGUCCACCAGGAUGAGCAUUGCCGCGGUCGGGUUGGCCCUUUUGCCUCUCAUCCAAGCGCAACAGCCAGCCACAUCAGAUCCUGGAAAUCUUCCACUCACCACCUGGAAGUGCUCCACAGCCGGCGGGUGUGUUGCGCAGGACACUUCGGUCGUCUUGGACUGGGGAUACCGAUGGAUCCACACCGUUGGCGGCGAUCAAUCAUGCACGACUUCCUCUGGUGUCAACACAACCCUGUGCCCCGAUGAAGCAACCUGUGCCAAGAACUGUGUCAUUGAAGCAGCCAACUAUACCUCCGCUGGUGUGACUGCGUCUGGGGGCACGCUGACCCUGAACCAGUACGUUCAGAGCAAUGGUGCAUACAGCAAUGCUUCUCCACGACUUUACCUCCUCGGUUCGGAUGGGGACUACGUGAUGAUGCAGCUCCUCGGUGGUGAAUUGAGCUUCGACGUCGAUAUGUCUACUCUGCCCUGCGGUGAGAAUGGUGCUCUUUACCUCUCCGAGAUGAGUGCCACCGGCGGAAGGAAUGAAUAUAACACAGGUGGCGCUAAGUAUGGCUCGGGAUACUGCGAUGCACAAUGCCCGGUCCAAACCUGGAAGAAUGGCACGCUGAACACCAGUAACCAGGGAUACUGCUGUAAUGAGAUGGAUAUCCUCGAGGCGAACUCCAUGGCCAACUCCUACACUCCCCAUCCCUGCAGCGCCACCGACUGCGACAAGGGCGGCUGUGGUUUCAACCCUUACGCACAGGGUCUGCCCAACUACUGGGCGCCGGGUGGUACCGUCGACACUUCUAAGCCGUUCACCAUCACUACCCAGUUCAUCACGAACGAUGGCACUAAGACCGGUACCCUGACUGAGAUCCGACGACAGUACAUCCAGAACGGCAAGGUCAUUGCGAACGCGAAAUCUUCCUCCGGUCUGGAUUCUAUCACUCAAUCGUGGUGCGAGUCUUCUGAUAGUUCUGCGGCCACUUUCGGCGGCUUGACCACCAUGGGCCAGGCGCUCGGCCGGGGAAUGGUCUUGAUCUUCAGCAUCUGGAACGAUAACAGCGGGUUCAUGAAUUGGCUCGACAGUGGAAGCAGCGGCCCAUGCAGCAGCACUGCAGGCAACCCUGCCAAUAUCCUCGCACAAAACCCUACAACUCACGUUGUAUUUUCCAAUAUCCGUUGGGGAGAUAUUGGCUCGACUUUCACCAACCCUGGAGGCUCUAGCUCUAGCUCUAGCUCGAUCACUUCCAAGGUUACCAGCACCACAACCACCAAAGCAACCAGCACCACAACCACCAAGACCACAACCACCAAGGCCACAACCACCACAGCAGCCGGAGCAACUCAGACUCACUGGGGUCAGUGUGGAGGACAGGGCUGGACUGGCCCGACCGCUUGCGCGUCCGGAACUACAUGCCAGACGCAGAAUCCUUGGUACUCCCAGUGCUUGUAG